AUGGAUUAUAAUCCAGAAAGGGUCGAAUGCUUUUGUCCGGAAUGUUUCAGAAGCAGCAUUUUCGGUUUUCGCGAGGUUACUCUAACCAGACGUUUCGUGAACACAGUAAGCGCUCCCAUAGCCACUUUUGAAGGCGAACAGCCUUCCUUAUCUGAAGCAUCAGAUAAUAUGGAUAUUGACGAAAUGGAUAUUGGUGAUGAUGUUUCGAAUGAGCCUUCCACUUCCCGUUCUCUUGCUAUUCAUGAUAUUGAUGCUCCUUCUUCCUCUCCUGCUGCUGCGAGUCAUCGUUUGUCGUUCUCUGACGAGGACAAUGUCUUUGGAGUGGAGGAAGACAGAGACAGUGUUGGCGGCACCGAACGUUUGCUCGAUGCCGAAGAUGUUGAAUGGGAUGUCGAAGCAGACAAUGUGAAUGAAGAAGAAACAGCCAGCAUUGACGAACAAGUUGCACUUCCUCUCUGA